AUGGAUGUGAAGUUAUUAAAACCAUCUGAAACACCUCCGGAACCUUCAGCUAAGCGGAAACCAACCGACGCCAAAGCGCUGUGCAUCAUUAGUGUAACUAGCGUACUAGCGAUCGCGUGCUUCACCAUGGGACUGUUCUUUCACAUCCACAAACCGACACAACUAAUCCUGGACGAUCGAUUAACCAUGCGCCAGUACAUGCCCUACUUCAAAUGGUGGCAGGACACGACGGAUGUUUUGGUUACAUGCCGGAUGUUCAUCUUUAACGUUACCAACUCCGACCGCUGGUUGCAUGGUUUGGACGACCAGCUGCACUUGGAGGAAAUCGUACCGAUCGUGUACCGUGAAAUACUGGAACACACCGAUGUGGUGUUUCACGAGCACAACUCCACGAUGUCGUACGUCACCAGGAGACGCCUGGAGUUCCUACCGGAACGGAACACCCCGGGCAUCCUAAACCGAACGAUUGUUGUACCCAACAUCUCGUUGCUGGGUGCAGCAGCGAAAGUAGAGGACGAUAGCUACCUUAAGAAGAAGGCUUUCAGUAUCGUCUACGCAGUGUCCGGCGAUAGCGUGUUUAGCCGGAUGACCAUCUACGACUAUCUCUGGAACACUAAGCCAACCUUUUUGGAGCAGGUCCGGAGAUUUGUACCCUCGAUGGUCCCGUCGGAUAAUGUGGGCAUCUUGAAAACGAUGUACGAGGACAGUGUCGAUCACGUCAAUGUGCUGUACGGAAAGCGUCACGGCCACCAGCGAUUCUUCGCGAUGAACACCUACGAGUACGAGCCUACGGUGCCAGGAUUCAGUCUGGCCGAGGGUGACUGUUUUGCGUCCAUCGUCAACUCGUCGGAGGGCGCAACCUAUCAGCAGUACCUGAACGAACAGUCCGUACUGAUCUACUGGCGUAAGACGCUGUGCCGAGCGGUUCCGCUGUACUUCGAUCGACGGGUGCCGAAAGGGUCCCUCACCGGGUACAAGUACGUCCUGCCGGACAGUUCAUACGAUCGCCUACCGAACAGCACGGCCGACUGCUACCAGGGACAGUACGGGCUGCUGGAGGACGGAAUGACCGAUACGUCCAAGUGUUCCCAUGAUGUUCCUAUUGUGGCUACGAGUCCUCACUUCUACGCGCGUAACUUCACCACGGGGCACAAAAUUACGGGCAUGAAGCCGAACCGGGAACUACACCACAGCUACAUCAUUGCGGACCCCUCGUUCGGCAUCCCGCUCGAUCAGUGCGCCCGAACGCAAACCAACCUGGCCAUUCCGAAGCUGACGCACUUUAACUGGGAAAUUUCACGAUUCAGCGAAAUGUUGAUACCGUUGUUUUGGAUUGAAUAUCAUCAAAAAGAACUGCCACCCUACAUCGUCAGAACUCUCGAAGCUUUCUACGUGUUGCGCGACGCGGAACCGUACCUACCGUACGCAUUGUAUCUGGCGUUUCUUCUGCUACUGGCAGUUGCGUUCCGGGAGGCGGCCAGGUUUCGGAUGCACGGCAAGGUGGUCCCAUCGAAGUGCCCCAAAAAGCAGCAGAUGACAAAGCACUAG